ACGGCCACUAGAGGAUUGAGAUAUUUACCGACCCCCAUGCGUGCCACGGCAAUUUUCCAGCAGCUCCUUGCAUUGGGUUGGGUCCUCCUUGUUGACAGCAGCUCCAGUUCAUCAUCAUCAUCACUGGCACUUGUCAAUAAGUAAAUUGACGCACGCGGAUCACGACCUCGAUCCAUGGCCCCAUCGCCACCAACCCAUCUUCGUCCUUCCCGUAGUCGUCUACUGUCUAGCACGGACUCCCACACGACAGAUCGUCUCCCUCCGCCUGCUUGCCUUUAAAAGCUCGCUGUCCAUGGCGAACGCUUAGCACACAGCAGGCGGAUUACUAAUAAUAAGCUCCAGCCAUGGCCAUGGCGCUCUUCUCGCUGCAGGUCCUGCUCUUCUCGCUGCUGCUCACGGGCUCGGCCAUGGCAGCGGCCUUGCCAGCCAUGGACCGGGUGCGCUGGCAGGUGGACAGGGUCAACCGGCGAGGCCCCUCCCUCGGCCUCGUCAUGUCCUACGUUGACGAGGCCACCGCGCUGCAGGCCUCCGGCUACUUCACGCCUUGGCGCGUCCAACCCUUCCUUGACCUCUACGGACGACGGUUUCACAUCGGCAGCAUUCGAGGUGUGAAUGUUAUAUAUGCAUUGACAGGACAACGCAGGUUGAAUGCAGCAGUCACUGUACAGACCCUCAUCGAUGUCUUCAGCGUGUCUGGCAUUGUUCAUUAUGGCACAGCAGGGAGUUCCAAUGAUUCCAUGUCAUUUGGCGAUGUCAGUGUCCCCAAGCUUGUUGCUUACACAGGCGCCUGGACAUGGAAGAAGUUCAGAUCACCGAAAGAGUCGUCAGCAGAACUAAGCUUUGGAGAAUAUAACAUCCCAAAUGGAGGAGACAACUUGCUAGGAUCCCUGAAAUUCAGAAAUGAGGAGCUAUACUCCGUGGGUAAGCCUAUGGAAGAAGUUUUUUGGUUACCUGUAGAUUCAGCAUGGUUCAAAAUUGCAGAACAACUCAAGGUCAAACUUGAAAGAUGCAAUGAUACUUUCUGCUUACCAACAACUCCACAAGUUGUCUAUGGGCUUAAAGGAUCAUCAGCCGACAUGUUUCUUGAUAAUGCAGAGUACAGGAAGUUCCUUUUCAGAGAAUUUGGGGUGUCAACAGUAGAUGAGGAGAGUGCAGCAGUGGUGAUGACAACAACAUCUCCUGGUGUACCUGUGAUUGUAUUCCGGGGAGUAUCUGAUUUAGCUGGAGGGGAACCAACAUGGUCGUCGACAAGUCUGAUGAAUCUGGCAUCUAUUAAUGCAUUAAAAGUGGCAGUGGAGUUCAUCGCUACAGUUGGCAAGCAGAAGCCAAUAGUAUCAGUACAAAGGAGUAAUAACUGAAAAAGGGAUGACUAUUAUGCAACAUAAUUGGAAGUUACACUCAGAAUGAUACGGAAUCUUGAGGCUUCAAGUCCUAUGUCCUCUCCAACAACAUAUAUAAAUGUUGGAUGUGUAGCCACAUUGUAACCAUGCUUCUGGCAAUGAUUGGUUGUGUAAUUUUGGAAUAAUGCUAGGACAAAAUUGCAAUCCAGAGGUUUUAUUUUUUUUUAUUAAAAGAAUACCAGCUGAUGUAAUAUUGUUUCAUUUUUAUCAAGAAUCAUCAACUUGGUCAUUAACAGAA